AUGAAAAGGCAGUUUUUUAAGGUUAAGCAAUUUGCUGACCAGACAUUUUCUAGGUCUGGUAAAACGGAAGCUCUUUCUGAUACAUUACAAACAGCAGAAAAACGAGUUGAAUUUAUAAAAAAUGCAUGUCAAAAUACUACAAAAAAAUUAUUAUCUACAUUAAUAUCACCUGGGCUUGGCCAUGAUGCUCCUGCACGCGAAAAACGACUUAAAAAAAUGCCUGAUUAUUUGCUAGCAAUGGCAAUGCUUGAUAAUGGUCCUAAUGAAGAAGAUAAUUUAUUAAGACAAGUAUUAGUGGAAUGUAGCAAAGUUCAAAUAUGUUUAGCUAAUGCAGGUGUAGAUUAUGAAUCACGUAUUGAACAAACAGUGCUUAGUAAGCUACAACAAAUUCUUGAUGUAGAUGUGCCAAAUAUUAUAAAGCAAAAACGAUUACUUACUAAAUUGGUGCUUGAUAUGGAUUUAGCUCGAGCAAAAUACCAAGGAGUCUUAAAAAACUCUAAUUCUGGGAGUUCUCAUACAAAUAAAGUAGAUGCAGUUAAAGAAGAACUAGAAGAUAUAGAAUUGAAAGUUGAACAAUGCAAAGACUCUUUAGCAUCAGAAAUAUUUCAGUUAAUAUCACGAGAAGCCGAAAUUUCAUCUGUUCUUAUGGAAUUAAUAAAACAUCAACGUUCUUACCACCAAACUGCAUUAGCCGUUUUGAAUGAAAUAGUUCCUGAAUUAGAAACUGUUAUUGAUAGUAACCCUUCAAAGCCAGUUUUUGGUCAAAAACUUGAAGACCAUUUACGAGUUACAAAAAGACGAAUAGCCUAUCCAAUUGAACUGUGUAUUUGUGCUUUAUUGGAAAUGGGUGUGGAAGAAGAAGGGUUAUUUCGAAUUGCAGCUGGUGCUUCUAAAGUACGAUGCAUGAAACUUAGAUUAGAUUCUAAUUGUCUAGAUUUAGAAUCAGCAGUUGAAUACAGAGAUCCUCAUAUAAUAGCUGGAGUUUUAAAAUCUUAUUUGAGACAGUUACCUGAACCUCUAUUAACUCAUCAUUUGUAUGAAGAAUGGAUGGCUGCAGCUAAAUUACAAACUAGUGAAAGUAGACUUCAAGCAAUCCUAAAUGUUGUACAAAAGUUACCCCAAUCAAAUUUAUAUAACUUACGAUAUAUAAUUAAAUUUUUGGCCUUGUUGACCAAACAUCAAGAUGUAAAUAAAAUGAGCCCACAAAAUUUAGCUAUAGUUAUUGCACCUAACCUUUUAUGGACGCCCGAAGAUAAAAGUGAUAAUAUAGGGUUAAAUAUGAACGCAGCUGCUUGUCAUAAUAUCAUUGUAGACUGUCUAAUUUCCCAUUCGGAUUGGAUUUUUCCUGGGGAAGAAGAAUUUUAUAUUACAUUAAAGGUAUUGGACGUAAAUGAUUUUAAUGGCCAUAAAAGAUCAAGUAGUGGCGAUACACAUUUGAUAUAUACAAAUGAUUCUUUUGACACAAAUUUGAAACGAAGUAGAUCUAGUACUAAUAUUACUGAUAUGAGCCCUCCAUCAGAGAGUCCAAAACCGCACACAAGAGGACGUAAAAGUAAACCUGCUCCUGUCCCACCAUCACCAACAAUUAAGGCAAACAACAUAUUUGAAAGUCCUCCAGUCACUAUAAAAGACCAAGAUAAAGCAAACUGUGAUAAACCUCCGCCCGGUUCCUUAGUGAAACCUAGUCAAACUACCGAAUCUCCUAGAGAAAAGUUACCAGCUGCUGAUACAGGUUCUUUAAAACGUCCUGUUAAGCCUGCAGUUGCUCCACGCACAAUACUUGAAACGUCUGAUGAUACAGUUUUCCGUAAACCUGCCAUACCUGAACGUCCAGCAUCUUUACAAAGACCAUUAAGUUCUUCAUUUAGGAGUCUUAGAAUAUUAACAGAUGUUUCUAAUGAUAAAGUAGAUGUGGAUCAAGGGCCAAUGUUGGAAAGAGCACACUUAUACACUGUGUCUAAACAACAAGUUUCAUUGAUACAAGUUGGUGAUCAAUGUGACGAUAAAGAAACUAACCAAAAUCAACAUACUGAUAUAAUGGAUACGUAUUAUACAAACCAAGAGAAUCCAAAUGAUGACAAUGGUGGGUAUAUAAGUCCAAAUUUUUCUAGUCACCGUCAUAUACCAUCAGACAUCCAAUCUGGACAAUUACCAGCAUCAAAAACACCAACAAGAACUCAGCGACCCAUACCUCCACCUCCUCCACCCCCUGUUUUAUCUACUAAAAAAGAAACCGAAAGUACAGAUUUAUAG